AUGUGGAUAAAUCCAUUUUAUUGGCCAAAUGCUAGCGAAUUCGGCAGUCCAGCAGAAUUCGAUUUCUUUGGCCAAGAUAGAAUUGUAGGAGGUAGUUUUCAACAGAUAAGCACUCGUCCAUUUCAAGUUGCUAUUUUCCCAGGAGAUACUUUAUGCGGUGGUUCAAUUUUAAACGAGUUUUGGAUGGUAACAGCAGCCCAUUGCACAGAUGGUUUAACAAAAGAUGAUAUUGAAUUUGCAUAUGGAAUACAAGAUAUUUCAAAAAUAACUAAAUACCUUCCUAUUUCAAGACUUGAACAACAUAAAAGUUGGAACACUAAAACAAAAGAUAGUGAUAUAAGUUUGAUAAAAGCUGUCGAUAAGAUAAUAUUUACUCCAUCAGUUCGUCCAAUUUCUAUAGAUCUUUCUAUACCACCAGAUGGUGCAACUGUUACUGCAUCUGGUUACGGUGAUGUUGAGGAAAAUGGUGAAGCAAGUGAAGCACUAAAAAGUGUUGAUUUGGUUAUACAAAGUUUUGAUACAUGUAAUGCUAAAUAUGGAAAAACAUUAACAAAUAAUAUGAUUUGUGCAAUUGCACCUGCAGGAGUUGUUGGUGAUACAUGCCAGGGUGAUUCUGGUGGUCCAUUAACAUAUAAUGGAAAAUUGAUUGGUGUUGUAUCAGCAGGAGCAGGAUGCGCUGGUGGAGUUGCCGGAUUCUAUGUAAAAAUAGCAAAUUAUAUAAAAUGGAUUAACGAUAUUAUUGUACAGUAG